UCAAGUACAGAACCCAGAAUAGACACGGCCAACCCCCAGAUCGUCACUGUUCAGCAGUCAUGUACUCUGCUCAUGGAGGUGUGGAAGCCCAAUUCCAAGAGACGGGUCCGCGGGCAAGCACAUGGUCUUGACCAUGGCUUCCGUCCAUGCUUUCAGCUCGGGCUCGGACACUGGACCCUUAGCGAUGGAUGGCAAAACGCCACUGUGUGACCUCGUCUAUGUCGAGGUGGUUGACAAUUGAGCAGAUUACUCUGGGAUCUCAGCGAGGAUUCAUUUGACAAACCUUAUCUCCUGCGCCACCAUACUCGGUACUCCUAAAAGAAAGGGUGCAAGAGCACUCUCCUAACCAAGAAGGAAGGAGAAGGAUGAGCAGCGAGCUCCCGCAUCAGCGGCGUACACGUACCCUCUCCAUCCCUCGUCCCCAUCCGGUUCUUGUUUUCUAUCUGCCCCGACAUGAUCAGAUUCUACAACGCCUCGCAGGUGGCGCCCAAGACGGGAUGUGGCAAUGGGAUGAUCUCACAUGUGCUGGUGGCCUGCCACCCACUACUCCGCACUUUUGAUGCAGGUUGCUGCAUCGCAAUAUCUAGGGGUCAAUCAACCGAAUCUUGCUCAGGCUCGGGGAGCCGUCACUGCCCUCGUGUUUGCUCUGUUCCUUCCCCUGGGCAGGGAGUUUCUUGCUGGUUUCGUCCUCGGACUAUUUGCACCUUCCGAAAUGUGAGAAUCCCGAUAUGCGGACGAAACAUUGUAAGUCGGACCCUUUUGUCGACAAUCGCACAUGGUUCCGCGAACGGCUUCGAGUUUUCUGCUGGAGUGGUCAGGCCUCUGCUAUCGGAAAACCAGGAGGCGGUCUGGCCACCAGAACCGCGAGCUGGGCUCGUCUCCGAGUCUCGUCUCUAUUGUUCGGUCCAAUGUCCACCAGUCCAGGCUCCUGGCUCGCUAUUCAGAGUUUGUGAACAGAAGUCAAGGUGGACCCACACUUCAUAUCGAAGAUCAAGGGUAGUCGCCUCGGCACUCUGUACGGAGUACCUCACAAAAGUAGCCACUCAACGCCAUCCAUCGUCUCAGGAUUGGACGGAGACCACGAGACAUGACCCCCAAGAGAAACGCGUCACUGUGCGACCUUGGUGGCAGAGUGGCGAUGUUAUGUCUGUUGGCUUGACAGAGACAAAAUCGUCGCCCAUUUGCCAAUACGGGGUGAGAUUUGGGUUACGGGGGGACAACAAGUCUCCGUAAUUGACCGCUGCACAGGUGGCGCCCAUUGCAUAAAGCUGCAGAAUCGAGGCAGAAACGAGUUGCGACAAAGGCCAAAAUUCCAAAAUUACCAUUGGUGCUCAUUCCAUGCACGCUUUUGAUCUAAUCUGGUAGCUUCGCAAUUCCACGUGCAGUCCUGCCACCCCGUUACGCUUUCGGCGACGCUCUCUCCCUCCGCUA